CCCUCCAUUGAUUCGGCUGUGUAACAUUUUGCAAUUGCAGGCACAUCCCUGUAAAAAGUAGAGAAAGAGAGAAAACAAAGUUGCAAAAACAAGAACAAAAAUGGCGACCUCUCUACAAAGAGCAGGUCUGAGACUAUCUCAACUUCACCGAUCUGCAAUCCUUUCGACAAAGUCCUUCUCCUCUCAAGCCGAUGCUUUGGUCGAAGUUCGUCCUGGCGAGAUCGGCGCCGUCUCCGGAAUCCCUGAAGAACACCUUCGUCGACGCGUUGUAAUUUACUCACCUGCUCGUAGUGCAACACAGCAAGGUGCUGGGAAAGUUGGAAAGUGGAAGAUCAACUUCGUUUCCACCCAAAAGUGGGAGAAUCCACUGAUGGGGUGGACAUCCACUGGAGAUCCAUAUGCCAAUGUCGGUGAAGCAGCACUGACUUUUGAUAGUGAAGACGAUGCAAAAACCUUUGCCACGAGACAUGGAUGGCAAUAUGCGGUAAAGAAGCGCCACACACCACUUUUAAAGCCUAAGGCAUAUGCAGACAAUUUCAAGUGGAAGGGUCCUCCAAAACAGGAAAACUAGAGUUCAUCUGUUUCUUUGAGGAUGUAAAGCUCCAUUGUUAUAAGCUUUAUUACCUUGUUCGUUAAUGGUGCAUUUUUCUUUCUUUUGCUGGAGAAUAAUUGUAUGCACCCUUUGGAAUAUGUAGAGUGCUGCGGCAAAAGAACAUUGAUAUUCCUAGUGCUGUUUCGUUAAAGUUUUUAUUGUACUUUUAAGAACCAAAUUUGUCUUGCAUGUUCACUUCUACAUUGUGUUCAGUUCUUUAACGAGGUCGACAGUUCAAGGCGUGUGCCAAA